UAGCGAGGGAUCUUGUGCGAGAGAUGGAAGGUGAGAACAGAGUGAGUGAAGCUAUUUCGCGAUGUCGAACGUUCAAAAGAAAGAUCGGUCCAUUUCAAAUCAACUUAAAUCCAGUGGUGUCGAUUAUUUCUGCUGUAAUAAUUUGGGGCCUAAUGAUCUGGUCGAUUGUUGAUACAGAACGUGCUUCGCGUGAAAUGGGGAAAGGGAAAGCUUGGAUCUCUGAAACGUUCACUUGGUUCUAUAUCAUCACACAGGAUGCGUGGUUCCUUUUCUUGAUAAUUGUGUAUUUCUCAAAAUAUGGCAACAUGAAGCUCGGCAGAGACGACGAAGAACCAGAAUUCAGCGACGUAUCGUACUUUACCAUGUUGUUUUCGGCUGGUAUUGGAAUUGGAUUGUUCUAUUAUGGUGUCGCUGAACCACUUUUUCAUUAUCAUCCUGGGGAGGAAUACGGAAACAGAUUCUGGAACAGGUACACGGAUAACCAGAGAGCUCAAGAUGCCAUAAAUAUCACAUUUUUUCAUUGGGGAAUUCACGGAUGGAUUGUCUACACCUUGGUUGGACUCCUCAUGGCUUUCAUAGCGUAUAGAAAAGGUCUCCCGAUGGCCAUUCGAUCGUGUUUUUACCCUCUACUUGGCGACAGAAUUUUCGGAGUUGUUGGCGAUAUCAUUGACAUAAUUUCUGUCGUGUCAACCAUGUUCGGUAUUGCGACAAGCCUUGGGAUUGGUGUCUUAACAUUGAAUUCUGGUUUGAAUCGCAUGCACAGUGGCGUUGAGGAAACAACAAAUAAUCAAAUAAUCAUCAUUUGGGCCGUCACGUGUCUUGCUACGAUAUCGGUCGUUUCCGGUCUCAAAGUCGGAAUUCGUCGACUUAGUGAAGUUUGCUUUGGACUUGGAAUAUUUCUAAUGCUGUUCGUCUUCUUUCAUGACAACACCUGGUUUUUCCUCAAUUUGUAUGUUCAAAGCAUAGGGUACUAUUUCCAAUAUUUAGUGCAAUAUGCAUUCCACACGGAUGCCUUUGCGCAACUUGCUAAUGCCCCGGAUGGGAAGCAGGCGCCUAAUUGGAUGGCUGAUUGGACAGUUUUCUCCUGGGGAUGGUGGAUUACAUGGUCGCCUUUCGUUGGAAUGUUCAUUGCAAAAAUAUCUCGCGGUCGAACUGUGAGGAAUUUUAUCAACGCCACUCUUACAGCACCAAUCCUUUAUAUAUUCAUUUGGUUUACCAUUUUUGGUGGAGCCGGUUUGAAAAUGGAGCGUGAUGCGGCCAUCGCUGGCAUAAACUGCAGCUCGGAAUUAGGAGGAACAAACGCAACAGAACCACUCAACAGGUUGUUUCGCCUGUCCUGUCGAACCGAAAGCCAAAUGUAUUUUGACGUUAUCCAACAGUAUGGAAACAACCUUGGAGGCUUCUUAAAAGUCGUUUCCCUAAUCAGUGCUGUGUUGUAUUUUGUAACAAGUUCCGACAGUGGUUCGCUCGUAAUUGAUUGUCUUACAGCAAACGGAAACCCCAAUCCGCCCGUGAUUCAGCGCGUCUUCUGGGCGUUCACCGAAGGAGCUUGUACUACGACGCUAUUGAAAGCAGGUGGAACUAAAGCGAUCGAUGCUCUUCAGUCAUUCGCUAUUGCACUUGGCCUGCUCUAUGCCGUCGUACUCAAUCUAAUGUGCUUGUCACUUUGGCGAACAAUGCAAAUGGAGGCUGGGGACUACGACCACCACAGGAACACAUUUUCUUCCAGUCUCAUUUCGGUAUUUGACAAACCAUCCUGGCGACGAGUCUUGGAUAUUCUGAUCUGGAUCGUGGCACCCUGGUGGCCUGCUGGCCAUGCAGCAGGAAUGCUUUACAUGAAAAGCCCCGUGCGCUAUAUGGUUGUCAUGGCAUCGCUGUUUUACGGCUGGGUGUUAUUGGAAAUCCUACAAGUUGUUGAACCUGGCCUGGCGUAUGUCGGCUGGGUUGUUCUCAUCUUUUUCUUUGUCUACCUAGCUUCAAUCAGGCUUGCUAUACGUGAGCAUUUUGAAAUAAAAUCUAGCACCAUCGAAGAUGCAAUUCUCGUAUCAGUUUUUUACCCCUUAGCCGUGGAUCAAAUGUAUCGGCACAUGCUUAUCAAGGGGAAAAGUAAGAAAGAUGAUCCAGGAGCAGGAUCCGUUGAUCUACAAGAAGUUUUCAUAGAUAAAGAGAACGAAUCUCAACAAAACUAGAAAUUGUUUAAGGGGAUUUGGAAAUAAAUAUAAAAUAUGUUUUGCCUACUUUAAAAGGAAUAUAUGUUGGAGACUGACGGAUAUCAAUUAUUAUGUAAUUUGAGUAUGGAUUAAUUACGGGGAAAAUUAAGUUAUUUCAAUCCAAUCGAACAAGGGAGUGGUGUUAGUGUGACGGUGACCACUACUAAUUGAUUACAAAGGCCAAACGUCGCCCGCUUGAAUCAUGCAAUGCCGAGCUUUCUGUUAAAUAAUUCGUAAACAAUUAUAUGAACGGCACCG